GCGCCGCGAGUGACGAGAGGCGGCGGCGGCGGCGGCAGCGACAUGGACGGGGAGCGGGACGCGGGCGGCCGGCGCGGCAAGAGGGCCGGGCCCGACGCGGAGCCCGACGCGGAGCCCACGGCGGCGGCGGCGGCGGCGGCGGAGACUGCGGCGGAGCGGCCCGGCCGGCGGCGGCGGAGCUCCGAGCCCGCGGCGGAGGCGCAGGGAACCACCGUCCUGCACGAAGUCAUCGGCUUCAGCCCGCAGCCGCUGCCAGCGCGGCAGUUCGACACCAGCACCACGGAGCCGGUCAGCUUCUUCCUGUCGGGGCUGGAGGAGCUGCUGGCCUGGCAGCCCACCAGCGACGACGACUUCAACGUGGCCGCCACGCCGCUGGCCGAGCGCCAGCCGCCGCUGCGCGUCGCCAGGCCCCGCACGCUGGUGUGCCACGACAUGCGGGGCGGGUACCUGGAGGACAGGUUCAUCCAGGGCUCGGCCACCCGCAACCCCUACGUCUUCUACCACUGGCGCUACGUCGACAUCUUCGUCUACUUCAGCCACCACACGGUGACGGUGCCGCCCGUGUGCUGGACCAACGCGGCGCACAGGAACGGGGUCCCCGUGCUGGGCACGUUCAUCGCGGAGUGGACGGACGGCGAGAAGCUGUGCGAGGCGUUCCUGGCCGGCGGGCCGGAGGCGUACGGUGCCGUGGCCGCACAGCUGGCCCGCGUCGCCCGGCACUACCGCUUCGACGGCUGGCUGGUCAACCUGGAGAGCAAGCUGAGCGAGGCCGCGGUGAGGAACCUGCCCCCGUUCCUGCGGCAGCUGACGGCGGAGGUGCACGGGGCCGUGCCGGGGGGGCUGGUGCUCUGGUACGACAGCGUGGUGCGGGGCGGCGAGCUGCGCUGGCAGAACGAGCUCAACGAGCAGAACCGGGAGUUCUUUGACGCCUGCGACGGGCUGUUCGUCAACUACAACUGGAAGGAGGAGCAGCUGGAGCGCUCGCGGAGCCUCGCCGGGCAGCGCCUCGCCGACGUCUACUUUGGCAUCGACGUCUUCGCCCGCGGUGACGUGCUUGGCGGUGGCUUUGAUUCGGACAAGCCCCUGAGCCUCAUCCGCAAGCACGGCUUCUCCGCUGCCAUCUUCGCCCCCGGCUGGGUCUACGAGCACCUGGGGGAGGAGAACUUCCUGCAGAACGAGAACAAGUUUUGGGGCUUGCUGGCGGAGCACCUGCCCACGCACAGCAUCUGCACGCUGCCCUUCGGAACCUCCUUCAGCCUGGGCAUGGGCACCGGCCUCUUCGCCGCUGGGAAGGAGGAAGAGGAGGGGCCCUGGUACGACCUGAGCGCGCAGGACAUCCAGCCGCUCUACGCGGAGUGCGAGGGCCGGCUGAGCACCGGCUGCUGCCUGCGGGACGCCUGGAGCGGCGGCAGCUCCCUGCGGCUGCGGGGCACCAUCGCCGCCGGCGAGCAGCGCCUGGCCGUCCGCCUUUUCUCUUUCCAGGUGCCGGCCCCCCCCAAGCUCUUCCUGACCCUGCUGUACAAGCUGGAGGAGCCGCACCGCGACGAGCUGGAGGUUUCCCUGGAGCUCGGCACCCGGCCGUCGGGGAGCGGCCGCGUGGACGGCGUCACCCCCGUCCCCGAGCCCGACGCCCCGCACAGCCCCCGGCUGCUGCCGGCACCGCCGCCCGCCCUCGCCGAGCUGCUCCGCGGCUGCGACCGCGGCGACCACGGCUGGACCGGCCGGUGCUACGAGCUGGAGGCGCAGGGCCGCAGCCUGGGCGACCUCUCCGUGCUGCUGUCGCGGCAGCAGCCCAGCCCGCGCGAGACACGCUUCAGCUGCCUCCUCGGCGAGGUCCGGGUGCUGGACGCCGCCGAAGCGGCCGGCUCGCCGCCGCCGGUGCUGCACGUCCGGGCCUCGCAGCUGCGGUGGCAGCAGGGCCCCGGCGCCGAGCUGCUCUCGCUCAGCCUCACGCUGCGCUGGUCCUACCCGCCGGGCCGGGCCCGCGGCUUCCGCGUGCGCUGCCGGGGCCCCGGGGGCCGCCCGCCGCCGCGGCUGCUGGGGCUGGCGCAGGGCUGCCUCUUCCGCGCCGCCGGCCUGGCCGUGCCGCGACCCGCCGCCCCGCAGCCCCGGCGCCUGGAGCUGCUGGUGGAGCCGCUGCCCUGCGACGGGCUGCCCGCGCCGCCCCGGGCCUGGGGACGCCUGCUGCUGCUCUACGCCGAGCCGGCAGCCGGGCGCUGAACGGGCGCGCGGCGCUGCCUGCGUCCGUGCCGGGUCCGGGGCACGGGGCCGCCCGGGCUGCAGCAUCCCGGGAGCGCUGCCGCGGAGGUGGAGAGACAAUUCACAGCAGCAGUUAUUUUCCCACAGGCUGGGGAGCAAAAGCAGGGAGCAGGGGGGAGGCGGCCGAGCGUGCCGUGCGGCGGGUCGGGCAGCGCUGGGCCCCCCAUCCCGCACCCAUCGUCCACCCCGGGAGCGAGAACUAAUACAUCAGCAUCCAAGCUGCUGCUCCUCGGGCGGGGGGUCACGCCGAAACGCAUUAUCCGAUAGCCUGACCUCCCCCCUCGCAGGGUUCAGCCUUGCCGCACGGCUGCUCCCGUCCCUGCGGUCCCCCCCCGCCGCGCCAGCGCCCCCGCCAAGACCCGAGUCCUCCUGGUUGAAGAAAGAAAUCUUUAUUAAUAAUUUCAAUAAUAAUAAUAAUAAUCCUUGUAGUAAUAAUAAUAAUAAUAAUAAUAAUAAUAAUACUGUUUA